AUGUCAGUUUGUCUGUGGAAGUCCCGGCCUCGGCCAGGACAAAAGAGCACGCUGUACUCAGUCCGCCUGGGGAGCGUGGUGCCCAGAGACCCCCGGCAGAGGCCCCAGCUGGCCGGGCCAUGGGGCAUCCCGCAGGGAACAAGGCUCAUCUCGCUCCUCCUGCCUGGGGGCCAAGCACAGAGCAGAGGGAAAGGAACCGUCUCUUCCUGCCUGCUCAGCAUGGACCGUGAGUAUCGUGAGAGAAAACGGACAGGCAGCAGUGACCUGAAGGGCAAUAGUGAGCAUGAAAACCGCAACAGCCAGCAGAGUCCACCCAAGGUCUGGCUUCGCACCUGCAGAGACUCACCUGGGCUGGCUGCCGUGGCUGUCCCCAAGCCAGGAAGCGGACGGAAGCUCGAAAACCCCAACGUGGACGAGCGAUUGGAAUGCCUGCAGAGCUCCCAGGAAUUAGAUAGCAAGAGAAAGAAAAAUCGAGCCACUUUUUUUUCCAUAGAAAGGGAGGACACCUACCAUAAAUUAGGGGCAGUGGGAGUGAAGGCGAGGCCAGAGGCGCACGCCGUCUCACUGCCGAGCAGCUCCCCUCCUGGGCCCUGCCAGCUGCCGCUGCCUUCGUGUGUUCAGCCGGAUGAGUUUGGAAUUCAGAAUCUGAGGUUGUGCAGGGUGGAACAGUGCACAUUGUGUCCUGAGCAGCAUGUCGGAGUCGGAGGCUGCUCCAGAAUCCAAUACAUGAGUCUAGAUGCCACCAAACCAGGCGUGCUCAUGCUCCGAGGGUUAAACAAGAACUAUAAUGGAGUCUCACACGCUGGCUCAGCCGACACUGAGGAUGUCUGGUCCCUCACGGAAGUGCUGCGCUCUGCCAGGCCCUUCGGAGGCUGGAGGCCACUGGUGCCCCCGCCGCACGGGAGCAGCCACGUGACCCCGCCAUCGCAGCCCCGAUGCCAGACGGAGGCGGCGCCUGGCGGGGGCGGUGCCUGGCGGAGGCGGAGCCUGGCGGAGGCGGUGCCUGGUGGGGGCGGCGCCUGGCGGAGGCUGCGCCUGGCCGCAAGCUGGGACCCUGGAAGGACCCUGCGGCACGGCCCCAGAUGCGCGCCGGUUGGCAGCGUCUCCUGCUGCCGUCAAGUUAAAGGCCUCCAGCUGCCCCGGGAGAAACGUGCCCUCCACCUCCUGGUCCCCAAGGCCUCUUUGCCUCCUGCGUACUGGCUCCCACUUGUGCUGCCUGUGGCGGUGCCGGGAGAUCCGCCGGGCCGGGCCGCCUUGUGCGUCUCGGUGGAGGAGGACAGUCUCUGA